AUGGCCAAUGUGCUCUGUAACAGAGCCAGGCUGGUUUCCUAUCUCCCAGGAUUUUACUCUUUGGUUAAAAGGGUUGUCAAUCCCAAAGCCUUUUCAACUGCAGGAUCUUCAGGUUCUGAUGAGUCUCAUAUGGCCACUGCACCUCCCGAUAUAUGCUCUCGAACAAUAUGGCCGGAUGAAGUAAUGGGACCAUUUGGGCCUCAGGACCAGAGAUUCCAGCUUCCUGGGAACAUAGGUUUUGAUUGUCAUCUCAAUGGGACCAUGUCACAGAAGAAAAGCCAGGUUCAUAAAACUUUGCCUGAUGUUUUAGCAGAACCUUUAUCAAGUGAAAGACAUGAGUUUGUGAUGGCACAAUAUGUGAAUGAAUUUCAGGGUAAUGAUGCACCUAUUGAACAAGAAAUUAACAAUGCAGAAACAUACUUUGAAAGUGCCAAAGUGGAGUGUGCAAUCCAAACAUGCCCAGAAUUGCUACGAAGAGAUUUUCAAUCACUGUUUCCAGAAAUGGCCACCAACAAACUAAUGAUUCUGACCGUAACACAGAAAACUAAGAAUGAUAUGACAAUGUGGAGUGAGGAGGUAGAAAAUGAAAGAGAAAUUCUCUUAGAAAAGUUUAUCAAUGGUGCUAAGGAAAUAUGCUACGCUCUUCGAGCUGAAGGCUAUUGGGCUGACUUUAUUGACCCAUCAUCUGGUUUGGCGUUUUUUGGACCAUAUACAAACAACACUCUUUUUGAAACAGAUGAACGCUAUCGUCAUUUAGGAUUCUCUGUUGAUGACCUUGGCUGCUGUAAAGUGAUUCGUCAUAAUCUCUGGGGUACCCAUGUGGUUGUAGGAAGUAUCUUCACGAAUGCAACACCAGACAGCCAUAUUAUGAAGAAAUUAAGUGGAAACUAG